CUCAUGGAUCUUGAACGUGGAUAUUAAGAAUGAGAGAUACACUUCACUUCACAUCAUAUAGUCAAACUUAUCUCCUAACUCAUUGAAACAGGAGCCUAAACAAUUUCCAGAUCCCCUAGAUCACUGAUUUCUCGAUCCAAAAAUCUUCAUCAUCGACAAUCAAUCCGCUGAAAUUUUGAUUUUAGGUGGCGUUCUCUAAUCCAUAUUCAGGUGAACUGAUUUCACCUGCGGAUUCUGUUACACCGGAAAGCUGAAUCCGUUCAUUUCUAGAUAUGGGGGUGGUGAAGGCGGCAGUUGGUGAUGCGGUGGUGACCUUCAUGUGGAUAUUCUGUGCUUCCACCCUCGGCGCUGCCACUUCCAUUAUUACUAAUUCGAUGGGCGCCGGAGGGCUCGCUUCCCUUGCAAUCACUACUUCCCUUAUAUUUGUUAUCUCCGUCGUGUUUGGAUUGAUUGCCGAUGCCUUCGGUGGCGCUAGCUUCAAUGCGAUCGGUACAAUUGCGUUUAGUAUCGCCGGUGCCGGUGGCGACGAUGAUACACUCAUGUCCACCGCCGUCCGCUUUCCUGCUCAGGCGAUUGGUGCAGCUGGUGGUGUCAUGGCUCUUUUGGAGUUGAUGCCAUUAGAGUACAAACAUCUGCUAGAAGGACCUACACUAAAAGUCGAUUUGCAUACUGGAGCCAUUGCUGAGGGAGUUUUUACUUUCGUUAUCACCUUUGUUGUUCUCUUGAUCAUCAUCAAAGGUCCUAACAGCUUGUUCUUGAAGAACUGGAUGCUUUCCAUGGCAACUAUGGUGGUCAUUCUUGUUGGUUCAAGCUACACAGGUCCUUCCAUGAAUCCUGCAAAUGCAUUUGGGUGGGCAUAUGUGAAUAAUAAACAUAACACAUGGGAGCAGUUUUAUGUUUACUGGAUAUGUCCAUCAUUAGGCGCAAUUUUGGCUGGAUGGUUUUACCGAUUUGUCUUCCCACCUCCACCACCACAAAAACCCAAAACCGCAUAAAAACAAGGCCUUUUUUUAGAUUUACAGAAUAUGUUUUUCUUGAAAAUAAUUACCAAAACUUGUUUAAAAACAUAUUCUUUUCAUGACUUUACUAAUCAUAAAUUCAUAAUCUCAUUCCAAAA